AUCUUUUGAGAAGGAAAAAAAAAAAGAAGCUUCUCCUCUUCCUCUGCCUUCUUCUUUCCAUUUAUUGCAAACCCUGAUCAAUUGGUUUUGGUGUUAGUCUUUUGGGGAGAGAGAUGGGGAGAGGGAAGAUAGUUAUACGAAGGAUCGAUAACUCUACAAGUAGACAAGUGACUUUCUCCAAGAGAAGGAGUGGUUUGCUUAAGAAAGCUAAAGAGUUAUCGAUCCUUUGUGAUGCAGAAGUUGGUGUUAUCAUAUUCUCUAGCACCGGAAAGCUCUACGACUACGCAAGCAAUUCAAGUAUGAAAACAAUCAUUGAGCGGUACAACAGAGUAAAAGAGGAGCAGCAUCAACUUCUGAAUCAUGCCUCAGAGAUAAAGUUUUGGCAAAGAGAGGUUGCAAGUUUGCAGCAGCAGCUCCAAUAUCUACAAGAAUGCCACAGGAAACUAGUGGGAGAGGAACUUUCUGGAAUGAAUGCUAACGACCUACAAAACCUUGAAGACCAGCUAGUAACAAGUCUAAAAGGUGUUCGUCUCAAAAAGGAUCAACUUAUGACAAAUGAAAUCAGAGAACUUAAUCGUAAGGGACAAAUCAUCCAAAAAGAGAAUCACGAGCUACAAAAUAUUGUAGAUAUAAUGCGUAAGGAAAAUAUUAAAUUGCAAAAGAAGGUUCAUGGAAGAACAAAUGCGAUUGAAGGCAAUUCAAGUGUAGAUCCAAUAAGCAAUGGAACCACAACAUAUGCACCACCGCAACUUCAACUCAUACAACUACAACCAGCUCCUAGAGAAAAAUCAAUCAGACUAGGAAUAUGUCUGAAUCUUUGAAUUAGGCUACAACUUUCCUAGCAAAACAUGUGGGACAUCGAACAAUAUACGAAAAGAGUUUGUAUGUCAUCUUCAGUAACAACCAAGCUGGAUCAUUUCAUUCUUGGUUAUGUAAUUCUGUUUACUACUUUGGAGUUUAAUAUGUAUAUGACAAGUUUCUCUUUGUCAAGUUACUUGUGUAUGUACAUCAUAAAAUAAUGAUGUGAUGUGAGUGCCGAACAUACUAGACAUCAUUUUACCGUGUGUUUUUUUCGGGUACAUUAAAUCUACAAAAUCCAGUCUAAUUGGCAUUUUUAUAC